GUGGUUUAGAUUUUCAAAUAUUCAUAUUUUCCCGCGCUUUGAGCAUGACGUCAUAAUGCCGUACUCCCGUACUGGCCGUCGCGCGUCGGCAUACUAAAAUAUUAUUAUUUUUUAUAGCGUUAUCGCCACUUCUUACUUAGUUACCUCGCUAUGUUACAUGCGUAUGUACGACAUUAUAAUUUAUUAAUAUUAUAAUUUGUAUUACUACAUGGGUAUUAAUACACGAGUACUAUAAAUGUUUAUAAUAUUAUUAGGUACAUAUUUAUUAGUAUUACCAAUAAUAAUAAUACAAUAUUAUCGAAUUAUCACUUUUUUUUAAGUUUUCAUUAUUUGAACUUCGUAUCUUUGAUCAACAUAUUAUUACGCACAUUUUAAUUAAUAAAUAUGCCAAGGGACUCAAAAUACAAAUAUUGUUUUGUACCGAAGUGUACAAAUACUUCGACAAAAUGCCCUAAUAAACGAUUUUUGAGCGUUCCUUAUGAUGCUAAACGGAGAUUAUUGUGGUUUAAAGUAGCAAGACGUAAUGAUACGGCAAAAUCUAAAACACAUCAUGAUUGUUGUGAAGAUCAUUUUGUUUUAGAAGAUGAUUUAGAUAAUUAUAUUCAAUUUAAGCUUAUGGGAGCAUCAAUACUUAAACUGAAGAAAAAUAUUGUACCACAUAUUUUUGAUUGUCAGGUUGAUCGUAAGCAAGCAUUAACAUCAAACCCUCGACCAUUGCAUAGUAAAAGAAUCCGAAAAAAUAUCAUUGAUACCGCUAUACAAAAUCAAUCUUGUAUGACAGAAGAACAUAUUGAUACAGUUAUACCUGAUGCUGAAAUAAUAAUUGAAGAUUUCCAACAGUCUGAUAAACAAACAAAAGAAAUUGGUAUACAAGUAAAUUUAAACAGUAAAACGGUUCCUAAAUCAACUAGAAGCAAGGGAACACAGUGUGAUAUCAGUGUGGAGUUUCAAACUGAAAAUACUAUAGUUGAUAAGUUGACUUUAAAUGUAAAUAAAUCUAAUAGUAAAACACAUGAAUGUACCUCAAUGUAUGGUUCAACUAGUAGUUCAAAUUCUGAGAGUGAGCUAGAUACUUCUAUGGAUAUUUCUAUUAAUUCUUUUUCUAGUAUUUCACAUACAAAUAACGAACAAAAAAAAUUCAAAGAUAUGAGCUAUGAAAUGACUUGUUUCUAUAUAAAAAAUAAGCCCAAAGCUUAUAUAGGUUUAAAUCCUGAUUGGUAUAAUCAAGGAUUUAUAGAAUUGUUAAGUAUAAAGAGUAAAGUUUCAGAGAGAGAUAUAUUAUUAACACUAAUGAAAAUUCGUUUAAAUGAUUCAUUUUCUAGAUUAAGUGAUUUUUUUGGUGUAUCUGAAAGUUUUUGUUGUAGAAUUUUUAAUAAAACUAUUAAAUUAAUCAGUGGAUAUUUUAAAGAAUUUAUAUAUUGGCCAGAUAAAAAUAGUAUUCAGAAUCUAUUACCGAUUCCUUUUCGUUAUAGGUAUUCAGAUGUGCAAUCAAUUAUUGAUUGCUUAGAAAUAGAAAUUCCUAAGCCAUCCAAUCCUAUAGAACAAUCAUUGACAUGGUCUGAUUAUAAAAAAUGCAACACACUUAAAUAUUUAAUAUCAUCUACCCCAGAUGGGUUUAUUAAUUUUAUUUCUGAGGGCUAUGGUGGUAGAUCUAGUGAUGCUCUAUUAGUUGAGAAAUCUGGUUAUUUAGAAUGUCUUCCUGAGAACUGUACAGUCAUGGCUGAUAGAGGGUUCAAAAGUAUAGACUUUAUGUUGGAAAAACGAGUGUGUAAACUGGUUAGACCACCAAGUGUUUUUUCAAAUAAAAAGUCUACUAAAGAAGAAGUGCUUGAAACUAAACGUAUAGCUAGUUUGAGAAUACACAUUGAACGAGUAAUAGGCAGAUUAAGAGAGUUUAAAACCUUAAAACCACAUGCCUUGAUGCAUUUAAGUUUAGUUUCAAAUGUAGAUGACAUUAUAACUAUUGCAUGUGCUUUAAUUAAUUUACAAAAACCUAUUAUUACUCAAUAAUAAAUAAACCAACUGUUAAUUUUAAUAUACUGUAAUGAACUUAACAAAAUCAACAACUUUCAAAUUCAAUUUAUUAUGUAUUAUUAUAGUAUAAAAUGUCAAUAUAGUCAUAUAUUGUAAGUACCUAAUACAUUUAGAUAAUAUUAAUAUUAAUGUU